AUGUCCGGCAAUCUACAAAGUUUAGCUAAGUGGUUGCCAGCGGUUGUAGCUGACUACGAUGAUACAUUUACCAGUUGUAGAGUUUUAAAAAAUGAUUGUCUAGUGUUAAUUAGAGAAGUUAGUGAGGUGUCUUUGGGGACGCUAAACGUUCACAGAAGUGAUGUAGCGAAUUUGGGGAAUGUUAGUGAAGAUUUGUUGCCGGUAGAGGAAAUGGAAAAAAUAUCUGCAAAAUUAGAGAAUCUGACAGAAAAAUUUGAAAAGUGUUUUAAACUGUUGAAGCCAGGCAAUGUGACCUCUUGCAUUUACAUGAAGCUAAAAAUGUACAGGAAUUUACUGUGGAAGGUCAAAUUACAACUUUGCUAUAUACUGCAAGAGUUUAUUUGUGAUAUCGCUUCUUUGUUUGUAUAUCAUGGAGAUUUCUUAAUGAAACUAACAUUGAGGAUGUCUACGUCGUAUAAUAGUUUACUAUCAAUGGAUUCUAAGUUUAAUUUGUCCAAAAAUACCAACAGUGUUUGUAACAACACUUGCCCCUAUCUGUUUUUUCCAUUGAGGAAGUUUUCAGUGACUCGCUUGCUGCAGAUCUUGUCAGCAAACAGAGCAGAAUAUUGCUGUCACAGAUUAAUUGACUGCUUAUUUGAUACAUGCAAGAUGCACGAUAACACCGAAGAGGACAAUAAUUCUGACAAUUCUAGCUUCGAGAUUUAUGUUGCACUAACGAAACAUUUAUCUCCUCCUUUGGUUGAAAAUGAAGUAGAAAUGAACAAAAAAGAAAACUCUAUUAACAUCGACGACAGUAUUGAAAGUUUCGUGCAUUUGGAAGAACUAAUUGCAUCAGAACAAGCUAAUGUUUUGAACAUUCUAAAUUUAACUCAACAAAUAGCUCCUGCUAUGUUGGGCAAAGAAGGAGUUAAAAGAAACAAGAGUGAAUAUAAAUUGAGUGGAAAGAUUAUUCAAAAAGUUUUGGAAUAUUAUGAGCAAAUAUUAUGGGCGGAAGUAGGAAACUACAUGGAACAUGUGGUACUGUGGUGGACUUGUCAUCCUUUGUCAGCAAGAUCUCCCAGAUCUAGUCAACAUUUAAGAGAAUGGAUCAAUCAUUUUGUUCCAACAGCUGAAAUACCUACGGUAAUACUAUCCGCUCUGACUAGCCUCGCCGAUGCUCUAGGAGUCCACGUCACGUCCACUUUAUGGGACUACUGUUUCAGGAAAGCUUUGGUAGCCUCCAAAACGACAUGUAAUCCGGAAACAGGGCAGCUAUUUUGCAACGUCCUUCAGGAACUAGUGACGUUGUGUAACUUGUGCGAGGUGACGGCGAAUUGGAUAUCCGGUGCACCACUGGACGAACUUCCUGUUGUCGAACAAAUUCCGGUGCUGCACAGACUCGAUCACAGUAUUCAUACUACAAGGUUAUGGACAAUCAGCGAAUGCAGAAAAAAUUCAAACAAUUGGAAUGUUGAAGCCUUCUUCAAAAUAUCUCACACCGACAUAGUUAACUGUUUAGUUCAGCUACAUAAUUUAAGACUCAUCGACCAUACUGUAGAAAUAGAAAAGGGUGGUAUGGCAGUCCAUGUCGAAGUGUGUGCCCUAAUGAGAGCCAAACUAGUUUCAGAGGUUCAAGAAAAUAUUCACAAGUUAAAGGAUGCACCAUCCGAAUGUCUGGAAACGUUGGCUUCAAUCUGUAAAAUUACAAAUUUGGCUAAUUUAAAAAUGAUAUUUCCUCCUAAGGUUUUUUGGAAGGCUAGUGAUAAUGUGGUGCCUAAUGCAGCCUGUUCUUAUGUUAAUACAUAUCUAGAGAGGACUUUAACUCCAGUACUAAAAGCAGUGGAUAACGACACCAUAUGCAACACAAUCCUAACAUUAAUUUGUGAGUCUUGGUUGGAUCACAUUUACAAUAACAAAAUUAAAUUUUCUCAACACGGUGCCUGUCAAUUACUAUGCGAUUUUGCUUAUGUAAGCUUGUGGAUAGAGGAGUGUCCCAUCAUACACGAUCAUAUGAGAAAGAAACUAUUAAGAAAUGAAGUACUGAGAAGAUGCGAGGGUGUAGGAAGAUUACUGCUUAGAUGUCCAGGAGAAAAACUGAAGAUGGUUGAUAAGAAAAUGAUUAAAAAAACAGCAAAAGAGAAAGAAUCAGAUGAGGAAACAGAUACUCAGCAAAUGCCUGCCGAAAUGUACGUACCUAAUCAAGAACAAUGGCUGGAACUAAGAGCUUUAAAGAAAACCAGCGGGUUCAAUCCAUUUUGUUGUUAAAAAUCUAAAAUGAAGUCCAAGUAUUUUACAAUUUAUGAUUGUGUUAUAUAAUUUUUAUAUAUUUAAGAAGUCCUAUUGUAGUUACUAUCUGAUAUAUCUAUAUUUACCAAAAAAAUAUUUGUUGUUUAAUCAAAAUUAAAGAUAUUUAUUUUUAAGCAAAUACUCCGGA